AAACUCUUGAGCAGGUCCCCAAAGGAUGCCGGAGACAGUAGGAGAUGCCUGGAGCUACGUUCCGGAGGAAAUUCUCUCCCACAUCUUUCGCUACUUGUCUCUGCAAGACAGACAUGUGGUUUUCCAGGUCUGCCAGAAGUGGGCUGCAGCGGUUUCUACUACCUGUGUCUGGAGCGAUACAGAAGUCAGGUGUGUUGCCGAAGAUGAAGCCACACUGCAGCAUUUGCGCCAGUUCCUGUGCCACAUCAAACGCCUCAAGAUGGUGUUUGAUCAGUCCAAGGAGGGGACCCGUAAGAAAGUCUCCCAGAUCCUGGACCUUCUGGCCAAGCAGAACCACAAGCUGCAGGCCUUGUGCAUCGAAUGCACGGGGGAGAACCCCUAUUUCUACUCUGGCCAAGACAUCCUGCAGAGCAUCGAGGGGAUCUGCCAGAGCCAGAACCAAAUUGACCUCCAGCAUAUUGAUUUCCGGGGGAUGCCCUUCACUCUGGACGAUGGGAUCGUCCAGCUGGUGGCCUCCAGUAGCCCAAAUCUGCACACCUUGUACCUUAACAACCGCACCUUGGUUUGCAACGUCACCCCUGAGGCCAUCAUUGAGCUUCUGAAGUCUUGCCCCAAAUUGUCCACCCUGGGGGUCUAUUACGCCAGCCUUUCCGAUGACGUGUUUAAGGAACUGGUGACAUCCAAGCGGUCAACUUUCAAGUGCCUGGAUAUUUUCUGCGAGCGUCUGGAUAAAUACAUUCCCGUGAUCUCGGAAGAACUCUGGGCUUUGGUGCGUGUCAAAUAUCCCCGGCUCUACGUCCAACUGGAAUUGGACCCCACGGUCCCACAGUGGAAGAUCCCUCGCAUCUUGAAGCCCAACAUCCCAGUGACGGAGCUGCAGCUGAAUACUUACACGUACAUAGUGUAUCAAAUCCGCUUUGCCACCAACAACUACAGCGGCACGUUGGAGAAGCUGGUCCUUCGCACCACCUCUUCGGAGGAACUCAACGAAUCGCUCAUUGGCUUGGCCCGAAAAUGCGGAGGCUUGAAAGAGGUCCACUGUUUCUGCGUGGUCAGCCACGGGGUGGUGGAGGCUUUCCUUUCAAGAUGCCCCAAGUUGAAAAGCUACACCCUAAAGACCUCCAAAGAGCCCAGUCCUUGGCAACCCACCACCAUCGUGUGAUUGUGCUGAAGGGUUUUUACUUUUGCAUCAUAAGAAGAUGGCCUUCAGCAACUCAACCCAGCUUCUUCUUCUACUAGGUUCGCCCGUGAUUUAUUUAUU